AUGCCUGGAAAGAUUGCAACCUACGAUGAGUGGCUUACAGCCCGCAAGGCCCUUAUCGAGAAGGAAAAGGAGCUCUUCCGCGCCACAAAUGAGAUCGCCGCCCAGCUUCGCGAGCUGCCCAUGGUGAAAAUCGACACGGAGUACACGUUCCGCACGGGCGCCGGCGAGACGCUGUCCCUCAAGGACCUCUUCGGCGACAAGAAGCAGCUCAUCGUCUAUCACUUCAUGUUCGACCCGGCGUGGGCCGACGGCUGUGCUGGCUGCAGCUUCAUGGCCGAACACUUCCCGCCCAUUGCGCACUUGGCGUCGAAGGACACGGCGUUCUACGCCGUGUCGCGCGCAUCGAUUGAGAAGAUUGAGGCGUACAAGAAGAGGCACGGCUGGACCUUCCCGUGGGUCUCGAGCGCCCGGGGCGACUUCAACCAUGACUUCCACGUCAAGCAGGAUGAGUGCGCGGAGCCAGAGGAAGCGAAGAAAGGGAGCAAGGACAAGGAGCAGCCCGGUAUCAGCGUGUUCUUCCUCCAGGACGGCGAGGUGUUCUACACCUACUCGGCCUACUCUGUCGUCAAGUUGCUUGGGACGUUUACCAUGUUGGAUAUGACGCCGCUAGGCAGACAGGUUGAUCCAAUCACUGGCCCUGCUGAUUUUAGACGUCUUGGUGAAUAUGUUGAAGUUUAG